AUGUUACGACGCAGCCACCGUGACAGCGCAGCCACCGUGACAACGCAGCCUCCGACUGAGGAAGUCACAGAUGAGCCCCCUACCACACAGCCGCCGACGACGUCGCCGCCAGAAUCGCCGUGCACUAACCAAGGUACAAACGGUAUUGGGGUGGAGAACAAGGUCCGCUACUUCAACGGUGGAAUCUUUUCCUCGACGACAGGCCUCCGAAAUGCUCAGUCGUGGCACUCGUGCUGCGAUUCGUGCUGGGCUAACAUCAACUGUGCUGCGUUUAGCUUUGAGCAAACAUCUUCCACUUCCCUGUGCGAGUUGACGACUUUGACAACGGUGGACUAA